AUGUCCAAAAAAUACAAAGGAGACUACAUCUGUCGCGUCCGAUACAGAAGCAAAUUACCACCAUUGCCGUUUCCACCCAAAUUCCUCUCUCUUGGAGCACUGGGCAAGAUCAAUGCGACACAUCACGACAGCACUAUUGGCGAGAAUCCGUCACCGUUGCACGUAGAACCUAGCUAUGGUAUCGUCAUCGAUCAACCGCUAGUAGAAUACCUCAAUGCAGCAAACAACAGCUCUGAAGUCGCUCGCAACGAAUACGCACUUUCAGAAGAGGAUCGAGUGUUUUUACAGCAACCACCUUCAGAACAAGAACCUGGAUCACAGGAACCAGCAACGAGGAUUUGGGUCAAGCCAUCGUCAUUGUCGCAAACCUUUGUUGAAAAGAAGAGCAAAGCCAAAGUUGAUUCCAAAGCGAGCAACAAGCGUCGUCGUACAUUGGCUGAAGCAUUCGAUGUUGUGGUGGAUGGAUUCAAUAUCUCACCGGAUGAAUUGGUGCAUCCUCGUACCAAGGCCAAGGUCAAGAACAUCACGCCAUUGCUCCCUGACAAGCUUUGUGAGAAUACCAUUUACACCAUUGGACAGUUUAGCGGUGAUCCAGCAAAUGAAAGACGACUUGGCAAACGCAAAUACAUCGACGAGGAUGAAAUCAGCAGCACAUUGAAAGAGGCACGAUUAUCAGCACUGGAUGCAACGGAUCGUGGUAUUAUGCGACCCAUCACCAACCCACAUGACCAAAACGACAGCUAUCUCAUAUGGUUCCUUCCUGAUGAAAGUGGGACUGAAAAACUCGUGCAACAAAAGAAGGAUGCUUUUAAUGCCGGCGUACAAGGUCUUCCCAGUGAUGAGUCCAUUACCUAUCUUUCUGCUCGAGAAUAUCUAUACGACCAUGACAACCAACAUUCCCAGAUUAUGGUUGCUUUUCGGGAUGGCGUGAGUUAUUACACUGCUGUCAGGAGUAAAAUGACCGUUACAAAGAAACGUGCAGUGAGCAAAGAGCUCAGGUAUCUGGAGAACUACGAGAAGCCAAACGUCCUCAAUGUCACUUUCCAUUCUUAA